CGAACGCACCCAAGCAAGAUCCUGCUUGACUGAUUUUUUUUUGUUGCCUCGUACAAGCUGUAGUAUAAUCAUGAAUUCCUGAUCUGGAUGGAAUUCCAAACCAAUUCCACAAGCUUUCCCAAUCGCCGCUGCCGGCGCGCAUGGCAAACGCAGCCACCUCGCCGCCGGCGCCGGCGCUGUCAAGGCCCACCCUCCUAGGCGGCGUCCGGGGCUUCGACGCGGCUGUGUCCCUCCGCCUCCACGCCCUUUUCCUCCCGGUGCCGCGCCUCCUCCUCAAGGCGCUCGAGGUCGCCGGCGACGGCCGCAUCUGGCUCCCCGUCCCCAUCUCCCUGCUCCUCCUCUCCGCGUCCCCCGCCAACGCGUCCGGGGCGGCCUCCCCGCUGCUGGCAGGCCUUGUUGCCGGCCUCGUGCUGGACCUCAUCCUCGUUGGCCUCGUCAAGGUCUUCGUCCGCCGCCCGCGCCCGGCCUACAACGCCAAGGACAUGUACGUGGCCGUAAGCGCUGACCACUGGUCUUUCCCCAGCGGCCACUCUUCCCGCGCCUUCCUCGUGGCCUCCUUCCUCGCCGCCGGCGGCUUCCGUCCCCGUGAGGCGCUCUUCCUCUGGGCCGCCGCAACGUCGGCGUCCAGGGUGCUCCUUGGGCGGCACUACGUCCUCGACGUCGUCGCUGGGGCUUGCCUCGGCGUGUUCGAGGCCUGGCUCAGCAUCUUGCUCUUGGGAUUCAUGUGCGCUCAAAGCACCUUCCUUGUAUGCUAAUCCUUGUUAUCGUAGUACCACGAAUCCGCCACAUUGUGGUAUACACUGUGAUACAGCAUUGCUGAUUGUGAAGUUACAAUUUCGGUUAGCAUUUCAGUCAUGUGCUGGUCUUACGC